UACUCCGGGAUCUCUGAGCAGACAUCUUCGUCGGAAGCAUCUGAAUUCUCAUUGGCCAGAAUGCAAAACGAUCAAAUGCAAUAUUUGCGGUGUCCAACUCAAAAGCAAGAUGCAUCUGAUGAAUCAUGCGGAAUCCGUGCACGGAACGGUGACGCGAGUGCCUCUGUAGUUCCCCUCUUCCCUUUUAUUGCGUCUACGUGCUUAAAUGCAGUUGUCUGUCAAGGCUCAUGGCUGGGCCGGUUGACUCUCAUUGCCCUGCUAGAUGUGAUGGAUUGUUGA